AUGGCCAUCGCCGACAUGGCCAUCGCCGACGACCAUCCGCCACCGGCGGCGAGCACCUCGGACAGCAACGACACCACCAUCAAGCCAGACAACGACGUCGAGGCCAAAGACGUGCUGAGCGACGCCCCGGACGCCCCCGCCGCGGAUCACCCGCCCGACGCGCCCAAGGUGCCGUCGUUCCAGCGCGGCCCCCGCUUCUGGGCCAUCAUCGCCACCCUCUGCGUCAUCGGCCUGCUGUCGUCCCUCGAAAACACCGUCGUCACCACGUCCCUGCCGGCCAUCGCCGCCCUGCUGGACCUCGGCGAGAACUACAUCUGGGUCACCAACGUCUUUUUUCUGACCUCGGCCGCCGUGCAGCCGCUGUUCGGCCAGCUGGCCAACCUGUUUGGCCGCCGCUGGGUGACGCUGGCCAUCAUUGCGCUGUUUGCGCUCGGCAGCGGCCUGGCCGGCGGCGCGCGCAACGCGGCGACGCUCAUUGCCGGUCGCGCCGUGCAGGGCAUGGGCAGCGGCGGCAUCAACAUGAUUGUCGACAUCAUCGUGUCCGACCUGGUGCCCCUGCGCGAGCGCGGCAACUACAUGUCCAUGGUGCUGUCCGUGUACUUUGUCGGCCUGGCGCUCGGGCCCUAUGUCGGCGGCGCGCUCGUCCAGCACGGGGCCUCGUGGCGCUGGGUCUUUUACAUCAACCUGCCCGUCUGCGGCGCCGCCAUGCUCAUGAUUCUGCUGUUUCUCAAAGUCAAGCCGGGGCGGGCCUCUUCCAACGGCGACGAUGCCGUAGGCGACGCCGUCGGCGACACCCAUGCCGACGCCGCCGACCGCAUGUGGCUGCUGCACAGGCUCGGCCGCAUCGACUACCUUGGCAACCUGCUGCUCAUCGCCUCGACCGUGGCCGUGCUGUACGCGCUGACCUACGGCGGCACGCGCCUGCCCUGGUCGUCCGCCCAGAUCGUCGGCCCGCUCGUGGCCGGCCUCGUCGGCCUCGCCCUGUUUAUGCUCUACGAGGCCUCGGCCACCCUCUGGCCCGCGUUCCCGCUGGCGCCGCGCGAGGCCGUCGUGCCCCCGCGCCUGUUUGCCAACCGCACCUCGGCCACCAUCUUUGCCGUCACCUUUAUCAACGCCGCCCUCCUGUACUGGCUCUUCUUCUUUUUGCCCGUCUACUUCCAGGCCGUCCUCGGCAGCUCGCCCACCCGCUCCGGCGUCCAGCUGCUGCCGGCCAUUGUCAUCGGCGUGCCCGCCGCCAUUGCCGCCGUCCUGCUGCUGACCCGCUACGGCCGCUACAAGCCCCUGCACCUGUUUGGCUUCGGCGUCAACACCGUCGGCCUCGGCCUGCUGACGCUCCUCGACCAGGACUCGUCGACCGCCGCCUGGGUGCUGUUCCAGGUCGUCGUGGCCGCCGGCUCUGGCUUUGUGCUCAACACCCUGCUGCCCGGGUGCCAGGCGCCGCUGUCCGAGGCGGACCAGGCCGCCGCGACGGCCGCCUGGUCGUUUAUGCGCUCGUUUGGCAGCGUCUGGGGCGUGGCCAUCCCGGCCGCUAUCUUCAGCAACUACUUUGACCGCUUGGCGGCGCGACCCGUGGCGCAGGGGGGCAUCUCGGACCCGGCUGUGGCCGCGCAGUUCCGCAACGGCCGGUCGUACGAGGCUGCCACCGCUGCCACGAUCCAGGCCAUACCGGAGCCCGUGCGGUCCGAGGUGGUCGGCGUCUACGUGGCCGCACUCAAGUACGUGUGGCGGUUCUCGAUCAUCCUGGGCGGCGUCUCGUUCUUUUUGGUCUUUUUCGAAAAGCAGGUCAAGAUGCGGACAGAGCUCGAGACGGAGUAUGGGCUGGACGACGGCAAGGACAAGAAGAACGAAAAGGCAAAGAAGGCAGACGUCGAGCUGGCCGAUGUAGCAAAGAACGGUGUGCUGGACGGUUAG